UGCUGGUAGUCUAGUAAUUGAUUGCACAUUCUUCUACAAGUAGAGAUGUUCAACCAUACCUAACUGGUUGGCAUCAAAGGGCACUCCGCAAUUUCUCACAGUGUCAACCUAGACAUCCCUAAUCCAGGGAGCCACUUGUUGAUGCAAGAAUCGAGAAUCCGAUACAUCGGCCGACUAUCUAUGACGAAGCAGCCAUGAACGCCGAUACAACAACCCCUUGUAACGGUAGUAGAGGCGGCAAGCAAACUCUAGUGCCGCCGUGUCAGCGAGGUAAUGGCCAAUGCAUGGGAGAGAAGCCUGCUAAGGAAGAUGUUGGUUGGCGAAGGAUCGUGAGAAACUUCACCCCGUCAUGGUUCGCUGUCAACAUGGGCACCGGCAUCGUGUCGAUUCUCAUCCACCAGCUCCCGUACAACGCCUCGUGGCUGAAGUCCAUUGCCGUGGCCUUCUUCGUUCUAAAUAUCUUGCUCUUCGUCAUCUUCACUGGCAUCACCAUCGUGCGGUACACGCUCUAUCCCGAGAUAUGGAGCGCAAUGAUCAGACACCCUGUCCAGUCUCUCUUCCUGGGCUGCUUCCCCAUGGGCCUAGCAACAAUCAUCAAUAUGACAGUCUUCGUAUGUGCGGAUUGGGGAGACUGGGCUAUUUACCUGGCUUGGGCACUGUGGUGGUUUGACGUUGUGCUAGCCGUGAUGUGCAGUAUCUUGUUGCCCUUCCCUGUGAUGCACCACCAUAAGCUUGAGCUCAACCGCAUGACGGCAGCGCUGCUCUUCCCCUUCGUGCCGGCCAUCGUCGCCUCCUCGUCGGGCGGCAUCAUCGCGGCAGCACUGCCAAGCCAAUCCCACGCCCUGACGACGCUCGUCGCGUCGUACAUCAUCUGGGGCAUGGGCGAGUUCUUCGCCAUGAUCGUCCUCACCAUCUACUUCCACCGCCUCUGCAUGCACAGCCUGCCGCCCCGCGAGGUCAUUGUCUCCGUCUUCCUCCCCAUCGGGCCCCUCGGCCAGGGCGGCUUCGGCAUCCAGCAGCUCGGCAUCGUCGCGCGCACCCUGCUCCCCGAGACCGGCGCCCUCGGCGGCAGCGGCGGCGACUCCUCGUCCUCCGCCGUCGUCGGCGAGGUCUUCUAUGGCGUCGGAAUGUUCCUCGCCUUCGUCAUGUGGGGCGCCGGCCUCGCCUGGCUCGGCUUUGCGCUCAUCAGCAUCGCCGUCACACAGUCGUUCCCCUUCAACAUGGGCUGGUGGGGCUUCACCUUCCCGCUGGGCGUCCUCGCCACCUGCACGGGGUUGAUGGCGAAGGAACUCGACAGCAGCUUCUUCCGGGUCUUGACCAUGGUGUUUUCGAUAUCGGUCUUCUUGCUCUGGCUCGUCGUCGCCAUGAGGACGCUCCUCAUGGUCAUCAGCGGCGAGUUGUUUUUCGCGCCUUGCUUGCAGGAUCUGAGACGGAAAGCGGCGCAGGCGGAUGCAGACAGGACGGCGUAACCUAGAGAGGGCAUUGAGUAACGCGGAGAGAGAGAGGUUUGCAUGUGGCUUGUAAGUCUAGCGUUCAACACAAAAGUCGGUCAUAAGACGGGAGUUUGGUUUGAUCAAGAAUGGCAUCUUGCCCCAUAGAUGGAUUGGCAACGUCAGCAUUGGAGGUUUGAUGUUUUCUGUCUUUAAAGUAGUUGCGAAGAGACAUUCAUAAUCUAUGAUUUGUUCUCGGGAGGCUAACUUAUCCCCCGAGUCAAGAAUUUGGAUCUGUAUUCGUACAACAGUUAAGCCCAUCGUACAACACGUCUCGCCUAC